GUGUGGUGGUCUUUGGUCUAUAUUUUUCAGCAGUGGAGCUCCAUACAAUCCUAAGAUUCAAUAUGGAUCGAACAGUUUUACUUUUUGUUGUAUUGGGAUUUCUUUCGUUAGCUUGUAAUAUUGAGUGCUACUCGAGAAACAAAUUCAAAGCUGCUGUAUAUGAACAUUCCUUGAUCAUCCCACCAAAUAGAACUAGUGUAGCUUCGAGAUAUCACGCCCUGGCAGACGUUAUGGUGAAUCUAAAAAUCUACGAUCAACAAGCAAAGUUUGCCGCUUCACAGGAUGUUGAUAUAUUGGUAUUUCCAGAAGAUGGUCUGUAUGGUUAUAAGUUUAACAGAAAAUCUAUCAAACCCUACUUAGAAGAAAUUCCAGAUCCACGAAAAGAGGUUUGGAAUCCCUGUACUCAACCACGGCGAUACGCUGAUACUGAAAUUCAGAUCUAUCUAAGUUGUAUGGCAAUGAAUAACUCUAUGUAUAUUGUAGCUAAUAUGGGAAACAAGAAACGAUGCACCAGACGACACGAUCCAAGAUGUCCGUCAGAUGGUCAAUACCAAUUCAACACUAACGUAGUUUAUGCACCGAAUGGUAGACUAAUCGCAAGAUAUCACAAGCAAAACCUAUUUUAUGAAGAUCAAUUUGAUGUACCUAAAGAUGUCAAUUAUGCAACUUUCGAAACACCGUUCGGGAAGUUUGGCACCUUUACAUGUUUUGAUAUAUUAUUCAAAGAACCAGCGAUCACCCUAAUUGAGCAAUUUAAUGUUACUAACAUAGUGUUCCCAACAGCAUGGAUGGAUGCCCUUCCUCUGUUGUCUUCUAUACAGUUUCACUCAGCAUUUGCAGAAGGUAUGGGUGUCAACUUUCUGUCGGCAAAUAUUCACCUACCGCAUAAACGAUUCCAUGGCUCUGGUAUCUACACUCCAAAUGGUCCAAAGAAUUUCUACUAUAAUGAUGUGGGCUAUGGUGGUGGUAAAUUGGUCAUAUCGCAACUUGAUGUCAUCAGACAUCGUAAAAGACACCAAACUGCAUAUAACAAAGUUCCAAAACCACCUUCAAACCAAAGAUCUUUCCAAGCUGAACUUUUCAAAGAUAAAUUCAACUUUGUCGAGUUGAGAUCUAAUUCUGGCAGUGUAAGCGUCUGCCACAAUCGAUUGUGCUGCCAUGUUGAAUAUUCCAAUUACAAAAACAAUAAUGAACUCUAUGCAUUUGGUGCUUUUGAUGGACUUCAUACACAUGAAGGCAUGUAUUACCUUCAAAUAUGUACGCUGUUAAAAUGUGCAAAUCGAACGCGCCAAAGCUGUGGUAAGCCAACAAAACAGGCGUUUACCCAGUUUACAGAUUUGAAAAUGUAUGGAACAUUUGACACAAACUACGUUUACCCUGAAGUUCUAAAGAGUAGGACCAGAGAUGGACAGCUGACCCUGAGGUCAACUGGUUGGAGAUACAAUAAUGGUGUUCUUCAAGCCACGAGGAAGACGUCGAAUCCAGUAUUAUCGGCCUCCUUAUUUGGUAGAAUUUACUCACGUGAUAGGAUGCCACCUGGUUAUCACUUUUCUACUAAUAGUGGGGUGAUAACACAGAUCACUGUUUCUUCGUUGCUGAUGGUUAUACUGUCGGUAACGUCAGUCCUUUGGUAGGCAAUAUUCGUAAUUUCAGUCGAUGAUCAAGCUAUAUGUGGUUCUUUUCAUACUUUCAUCGUUCGCUUUUUAUCUCAUUACCUAACUAACUGCAAAGAUGGGGUCAUUGGUUGAUAUAGGUCAUUUUUCUGAAGAUGGCGGAUGACCUCCAUGUUCCAUUUUAUGAUUUUCAACACAAAGAGAAAAUAUCAAGUACGUUUGUGUUAUGGUGAUGGGCGAGAUAUAUUAGUAUAUUUUUAAAUGACCUGUAAUUCUUUAAUAAGAAAUGUAAUUGUAAUUCCAUUUGCAUUUUAUAUGCUGUUCCUUAUUUAUCAUGCAUGAACUCGUUUAUAUUUUAUUAUAUAAAUUUGAUUUUAUAUAUUAAGUAUUUUUUUACAAUAAUAUUUCGAUGUAAUCUGAUGUGAAAGGGUAACCUGUCUUUGCAUGUAAUAAUCAGAUCAUGAUGUUUGUUUUAAAGGAAACUACCUAGCUUGGGAACAACAUAGUUACACUUCUAAUGCAUUGUCUAGCGUUAUAUUGGUUGCACUGAAAGUAGCUUGACCAUCACAACAAGUGCUCCAACGUUACAUAUUAAGCUACAUAAUUCAUUGUGUAAGAUUGUGAUUUAGUAUUUAAUGGGGUGAAGCCAAUACUACACUACAAGAUGUGGCAGUAUAAUGUUAUGUCUUUGUAGUGUUAUAUUAUAUGAAUAAUAUGAUACACAUAUUAUGAUUACCCUAUAAAUAUUAUUAAAACACUUUAAAUCAAUGGGAAAGAAUGGCAUUAAUGUUAUUUUUGUUAAAAGGUUUUUUUCUGAAAAUAAAAACUUUCGAUUUUG